AGCAUCGAGCCGAUCGAGCGCCACAUGGCGACGGCGCCCCGCCGCGGCCGCACCUCGCAUUGACAGCUGAAACUGUCAACAAUACGGGAUACUAAACUGUGGUGCGGCCAGCGAGUAGCGACCAUUCACGCUCAAGUCGAAACGCGGGUAGCACGUGGCUAUCUAAUAUUAGAGCCAUCUUUUUCAUAACAUUGCACAAGUAAUACUCAGUGUUCGCCCACAUGGACUUAUACACCGGUACAUAACACAUAAAUGUUUGAUUUAAAAGUCUGUGGAAAAACAAACAAUGACUAUCUGCCGCAGGUGGAGGGAAUAUGUAGCCGCACUCAGUGCGACGUUAAUCACGGCGGCGGCUGGCACCACGAUAGGAUGGACUUCCCCAAUUCUGCCGAAACUGUUGGCGGACGACUCUCCCAUUCAAACAAGCAAGGACCAGAGUUCAUGGAUCGCUUCGUUUAUGAUUCUUUGUUCAGCUGUCAGUCCCAUUCCCGCAUCGUACCUCGCAGACAGAAUAGGCACAAAGAAGACUCUCCUUCUCGCCGCCAUUCCCUACAUCAUUGGCUGGAUCCUUGUGAUGCUGGCCAACAACAUUCCGAUGAUUUACGCCGCACGACUUAUACAAGGGCUCGGGUACGGCAUUGCGUACACGGCAGCGCCAAUGUACUUGGGUGAAAUCGCAUCCAACGAAGUGCGUGGAGCUAUGGCCACACUCAUCACAGUUAUGUCGAAGUUUGGGAUCCUGUCACAGUACUGUAUCGGUCCAUACGUUUCGAUGCUCGGGCUGGCUAGCUUCAAUAUAGCAAUACCCAUCCUCUUCGUUGUGACAUUCAGCGCCAUGCCGGAAUCACCUUACUACUACAUAAAAUCUGGCGACACAAAUAGAGCUGAAAUGUCAUUGAAACAUCUUCGUGGGAGGGAUUAUAUGAACGAAGAACUCGAAAGCAUGUCGCAUUUAGUCAACGAAAAUAUGAAAGAAAAAGGUCGUUGGAGAGAUCUAUUUACAGUCGGUGGUAACAGAAAAGGCCUUAUAAUUUUGUUCGGAAUAUAUUUCACACAACAGUUUUGUGGUAGCACUGCGAUUAUAUCGUACGCUCAGCAGAUAUUCGGAGCAGCUGAAGGUGGAUUGCGUGCUGAGGAAGCUUGCAUACUAUUUGGGACAGUGCAAUUGCUAACUUCGGCUAUAUCUUCUCAGCUAGUGGAUAGACUUGGAAGAAAACCGCUUUUGAUAGUGUCUUCGUGUGGUGUUGGACUUGCAAACAUAGUUAUAGGAGCUUAUUUCUUUAUGAAGUUUGAAAGCAACGAUCUUGUCGUUGCUCUUAAAUUCAUUCCUAUUGUUGUGAUACCUAUUUUUAUAUUUUCAUACACUAUAGGUUUAGCUACGGUGCCUUUCGCUAUAACGUCAGAGAUAUUCCCCACGAAUAUUAAAUCAAAAGCGACCUGUGUAAUACAAAUAUUCGUGGCUCUGAUCACAUUCGCUGUUACUAAACUAUAUCAAGUUAUUGCGGAUAAUUUGGGUAAUUAUGUCGCGUUCUGGUGCUUCGGGUUGCUAUCCGUGGGCGGUGUUAUCUUUAUAUUAAUUUUACUCCCCGAAACAAAAGGCCAGUCGUUUGCGGCCAUACAGGAAAAAUUGUACUCGAAUGAAACCGUUGUGUACGAGAAAAGGGAGGAUCACUCAGGCAGUGUGAGAAUUCUGUGAUAAAAGAAGAAAAAUUUGCAUAGGUAGAUUUAAUGAUGAAAAUCCUUUACUUUUCAUUUAUAGGUACUUAAUAAUUGUUAUUGCCGUCCUGUAUUUACGCAACGUGAUAACCUUCUAAGACUACAACUACAUACAUAUUAUAUCUAUUCUAAUAAUAUGCUUACCUACCUGGCACUCAACAUGUGACAUCAGAAACGGUGAACUCACGAUACUUAAUACAGAUAUGAUAAUUUAAACCUAUUAAUUACUACCUAUCACAUUAUCGUACGAACAUGCGAAUAAAAAAAAUGAACUUAAUAGGCAAUAAUCAAAAGUUCAUUAUAUAAGAUUAUGGUAGGUCUCAAAGAGUAAGUAGGAACCUACUUAUGUUUGGUAAGUUCAAGAUUGUCUUGACAAAACUGACUACCUACCUACUUAUCAUUUUUGAGCAUUUUCAACUAUUGACUACUCGACUAUUAUGAAUAAAUUUAGUAUUAAACAAAAACAAAAGCAUAAAAGUGUAGAAAAUAUGGUUACAUUAACUAAGUUUGUUUAUUUAUUAUAAUUAAGUACUUAAUAAAAUCGUACGCUAUUCGACUUUCAUGUUGUUAUUAUCAGUUAGCACCUAACAGUUAAAAAAUAUUCCAAUUUAAACAUUUUUAUUAUCACUACUAAUAAAAUUAUUAUUAGGUAUUAUAAGUAAUAGUUGGUAAGGAAUUGUAAAAAACCGGUCAAGUGCGAGUCGGACUCACACAGGGAGGGUUCCGUACCAUCGUACAAGAUGAAACAAUAUGUAUUUUUAAGCACGGCGGCUAUUUUUAAAUUCACCAUCCUGAUUUUUAGGGUUCAGUACCUGAAGGAUGCCAAGGGGACCCUAUUACUAAGCCUCCGCUGUCCGUCCGUCGGUCCAUCCGUCUGUCUAUCAUCGGGCUGUAUCUCGUGAACCGUAAUAUGU